UCUCUUUCCAGGAUCCUCCAGUCACCCCACAUAAAAUCCGUAGGAGAGACAGGUUUUGAAGCAUCUUCCCAUUUACAGGGACAGGGGCUAAAGAGCCAAGGAUAUUUCAUUAAAAUGUCAAAAGGUUUGUCAGUGCCCCCUGAAAUCCCUAAAGAAGAUGGCAGACCCAAGUGGGACAAUAAGUUCCAGUACAUUUUAAGCUGUAUCGGAUUUGCCGUCGGUCUGGGGAACGUGUGGCGAUUUCCAUACUUGUGUCAGAUACAUGGAGGCGGGGCAUUCCUGAUCCCAUACUUCAUCGCUCUACUCUUUGAAGGAAUCCCACUGUUGUAUCUUGAACUGGCCCUUGGACAGUGCCUGAGGAAGGGCAGCAUCGGUGCCUGGAACACCAUCUCGCCUUACCUUGGAGGAGUUGGGGUUGGUUCGUGGAUGGUGUCGGUUCUGGUGAGCUUAUACUACAACACCGUUUUAACCUGGGUGAUGUGGUAUUUCAUAAACUCCUUCCAAGAACCUCUUCCUUGGAGUGUUUGUCCUCUAAACGAAAACAGAACAGGGCUCAACAAAGAAUGUUACGAAAGUACUGCAGUAAAUUAUUUUUGGUACAGGAAAACUUUGAACAUAACACCCGAUGUCACCGAGAGUGGCACGUUACAGUGGUGGCUCAUUUUGUGCUUAGCAACUUGCUGGGCCAUCGUCUAUCUCUGCACCAUCAGAGGAAUUGAAACCACAGGAAAGGCAAUUUAUGUAACAGCAAUAUUUCCUUACCUGGUCCUAACUAUAUUCCUUAUUCAAGGACUCACUCUACCGGGAGCCACUGACGGUCUGGCUUACCUCUUCACCCCCAAUCUAAGCACUUUGAAAAAUCCCCGUGUAUGGCUUGAUGCAGCUACCCAGAUUUUCUUCUCUCUCUCUUUGGCUUUUGGAGGGCUUAUUGCGUUCUCAAGCUACAAUCCACCAAAAAAUGACUGUGAAAAGGACGCUGUGACAGUAGCAAUUGUGAACAGCUUGACAUCCCUCUACGCUUCCAUCCCAGUCUUUUCUGUUUUGGGGUUUAAAGCAACCACAGGCUACUGGGACUGCUUGGACAGGAACAUUAUCAGUAUCAUCAAUGAAUUUGACCUUCCAGAAGAAAGCAUCCUGCGACAGAACUAUACAACCUGGAUUAGUUUCCUAAAUUCAUCAUAUCCAGAAAAAAUUGCUGGGCUCAAACUGAAAAGCUGUGACUUUCAAGAAUUUCUUGAUCAGAGCGUAUCGGGGACUGGCUUGGCUUUCAUCAUUUUCACUCAAGCCAUCAUUCUAAUGCCAGGCUCCCAGGCCUGGGCCAUCCUGUUUUUCAUAAUGUUGUUCAGCUUGGGCCUUUCUUCUAUGUUUGGGAACAUCGAGGGAGUCUUCACUCCUCUUCUAGAGCUUCGAAUUAUAUCUAAAUCAAUCCCCAAAGAGCUAUUAUCUGGUAUAAUAUGUCUAAUUUCCUUCCUCAUCGCUCUGUGUUUUACGCUGGGUUCGGGGAGUUACUGGAUUGACAUUUUUGACCGCUAUGCAGGCUCGUUGCCUCUUCUAGUCAUCGCUUUCUUUGAAGUGAUUGGGGUUGUGUAUGUGUAUAAAAUUAAAAGGUUCAGUGAAGAUGUGAAACAGAUGACUGGACGAAAACUCAAUCUCUACUGGCAGAUCACAUGGAGGUUUAUUAGCCCUCUGCUCCUGCUAAUUGUCUUCAUGGCCUUUGUUAUUCUUCAAAUACAGAAGUCACCAAGCUACGCAGCCUGGAACCCUAAAUAUGAAGGCUUCCCUAUGAAAGAGGAGAAAGUUUAUCCACCCUGGGUACUGGCCAUCUGUGUGCUGUUAGCUAUCCUUCCGUGUGUGUUUGUACCUCUGGUAGCGCUCCUCCAGCUGAUCAAACGAAUGCGAAGAAGCAAGGAGCCAAGCUUCGUACCACCAGAAGUGUUUUCAUGUCAGGGGGCUAAUGGCGACUUUCAUCAUCCAAAAGAAUAAAUGCCCAUUGUAUCUGUCUGGGAGUAAAGAGAAGACAGCCUUUGUUAGAUGUGAUUAGUUGCAGUGUGGUAUCAUCCAACCAACCUGGUUUAUGCGGUUCAUAUGCUUACAGCCAAUUACUAGCACUCCAGAAACAGUGCUGCUACGUUUAUUUUCAAACAAUUUCACAAUAGUUACGUUAACCUUGUCCUGUCCUGAAUCCUACAUACUGACCGAGUACCAGCCUCACCGUGUUAACCCUUUUCAUGCAUUACCAAUUUCAUGUCUCUCUCCAGACAGACUUUAAACUUGGAAAGCCUGCUAGUUACUACAAAUGCACUCUGUCUUCACUUCUCUUCUAAAAAAACAGUCUGUUCCUAAGGAUCAGCAAUAUAAAAAUUAGAACACAGCAAGCACCUACAGUUUCAUUCACUGACCCGCCUCCCACCCCCCCGCCCCGAGAGAUGUAGAAUGGAAGCUCUUGAAGAGUAAGGACUCCUCUUGUCCACCACACUCUGCUUUUUGUAAUGCCCUACACACAUUUAAAUAGCAGUUAUCUUGUGAUUAUUUCAUAUUCUCAAGCAUUGCAAAGAGCAAAAAUAAAGUAUCAGCAGUUAAAAGAAUGUACAUUAAGUAAAUCUGAGUAACUAAUUUUGCACAAAUCUCUUACCUUAGCAGAUUCCGCAAUUUACUGUAGUGGAAAAUACUGUUAAAGCAAACAUCCCCAAUUUUUUCACCUUAAUUUCUUAUAUUGAACAUAGUAACUGAAUAAUCCGCAAUGAAAGGGCAGAUGUAUGGAAGCCUUCCAGUGAGUUGCAACCUUACAUGACAUGACAAUUAAGUUAAUCUUUACUUAAAAGCAGGUUUUCCUGUACUUACCUGCAGAUCCUGGCCACUCUGCAGUGAUGGGAGAUGAGGAUUCCUUUUGCCAAGAUUCUUGAAAGUCUGAAAAAAAUACAGGGAAAGUAUGUGAGCAUAAGGUAUGGCAAAGCCUUUAGGCUGAAUAAUUAAGAGAAUAAAGGAAAGGAGAGGAAGAUUAAGGAAAAUGUAGGCAAUUUCAGUAUUUAUCCUUGUGACUGGCUACGCACUAGUAGAGCUUCAUAAUGGGUAAUGGGGAUUUGGCCACACAGUGAAGAGGAAUGAGACCAACUCAAACUCUGCAGAAGAAAGACAGUUACCUGAAUCCUUGAAAGGGGCACAAGGGGAACUGCAAGCCUGGGAGGGAGGAAGGGAUGAUUUUUAUCUUGCUGCUAAAAGAAAGAGCAGGGUAAAGAGAGAGAGAUAACAAUUUUUUCAAGAUUUUUCUAUUUUAGAUUUAGUAUGCCCCUCACACAUUUGCUGCUGCAACCUCCUGUCCUGCAACUAGCCUGGACAGUAAGACUUUCCUGGAGCACUGACGGUACUAGAAACAGUGGUAUCCAGUCUGUCACACGGGAUCCACCAGAGGAUCAAGAGCACACCGUGCUUUUGCCUGCUGCACAGAAAAGCACGGGUAAGCUGUCUGCAUGCACAGCAGUUGCCAGGCCAGAGCCUCCUGGCCCUUCCACUACGUGGGAGGAGCAGUAUCACCUGCAAAGCAGUUAAAUGCCUGGGCUCUGCGUGUUUUUAUUUCCAAGAGCCAUGGACUUGGCCAAUGGUAUGCAUGAAGAUGCCCAGCAAUUCCCCGUGGGAGCCUGCCAACAGCCCCAGCUCUUCAAGUCAAUAGAGGGGCAGGUACCCACCAUGGAAACCCAGCUUCUGUUAGCUGAAACCUCACAAGUCACAAAGGUCCAAGCCAACUUCUUGAUGUUCUACAGCUGUGCACUGUAAAGGCUCUUGACAACGACACAGAAGAUUUAAAUUGCAACUCUGCCUGCUGCAAAUUAAGUUUGAAACGUUAUGAGUAAAAAAGGCUUCCACAAAGAAUGAAUAAUCAAAAAAAACCCAAUAUAACUGCAAUUUUGAGCAUACAUUUGUAUAAAA